AUGAAGUACCUCUACCGCUCUGAUGGGUCCGUGUUGGUGAUCCGCCGGGCGGAGACGCUAGAGGACAUCUUCAGCACCGUGGACUUUGCUGCCGCGCAGACGCUCCAAGUCCGAAAGCUGAACACUUUUGGAGCCUCGCGCGUCAGCGAGGAGCAGUGGCCCGUGGGUGUUUUCAACCUCGGCCGCAUGGGCCGGGGCUGCUGGGCGGCUGGGCGUCCGCAUGGCUCCGGCAACUUGGUCGAUGAGUUCGACACCAGCCGCGUGUCGAUCCAGAACUUGCCGGAGCUAGGCGGCGCCGCGGCGGUCGCAAACACCGCCAUCCAGGCGGGGGAGCUGGUGUUCUAUGAGAAGGCUUUAGUGCAAGCGCCCGCGCCCACCAACCUGGCACGCGUGCGUGCCUAUUGCCAGCUGGACUUGGAGCAACGGCGCCUCUUGCGAGAGACCUUCUGGAGCGAGGCGCCAGCUGUUCGCUGCGCUGCCACCGCGGCUUGCGAUGCGGCUGAGGAGGAUUCUGGGGACUCUGCGGCACAGGCCGGCUGCGGAUGGGUCUGGCCGUUUUUUCGGGGUGAGAAUGAUGAAACAGAGGUUGACAUCAUGGCUCUUGCCUUGACCUCCGUCUAUUCACCGGCCAGACGCGUCAUUUUGUUGGUUGGCGCCCAGUGA